AGUAGCCAGCUCGUAGAAUGGCACAACAACCUUUCCCCAUUGUUAAAGAGCGACAAUCUGUGCCCGGACACAAUUUCCACAAUAUGAACAAUCAUGAAAUGGUAUCAGAGCCAACUUAUUCUACUUGAUGAGCUAGUUCUUCUCAGCUAUGUUAUACGCCGCGUCCUCUAUGUCGCACUUAAGGAAGAGGAGAGAUCUGCCACCAAGAAAUGUAGAAGAGUGGCACAUGAAACCAUCUGCAAUAUUUCUUCAGCAACCCACCUUAAUAAAAUGACUGGUUGGAAUGCGAUCUGGUUUAUCUUUCAGGCACACCUGGUUACCCUGUUUGGUCUAUUCAUGACAGAUAAUGCAGCUGUUGAUGCCACAGGAACAAUCUACUCCUGUCGUGCACAGGUCGAGAUCAUCAUGGUCGCCCUGGCUCAGAUGCAACUAUGGAGCCCGGCAGCUAAACGAACGUUGGAGGUCGUCUCGCGGAUAUAUGAUGCGGCCAACCGCUUCCAUGGCGACGGUAGCGAGGGUAGCGAGGGUAGAACCACGCAGUCUGCGGCCCUGCCGAACACCCAAUUUCCACUAGCGAGGGAAUACAAUCUCCUAAGUGUGUGGAACAAGUCCCAUUGCUAAAUGACAGAAAUUCUACUGCAUCCUUCGAACAUUCCGGGCCAAACAUGUAGGCCUACCUCACCUGGAGUGACAGUACCGCUCCCUGUAGUUGCACUUUUUUGUCUUCACUCAUGUUUCAGUGCUUGGAACAUUUUCGCCAUCAGUGCGGGUGAUUUGAGGGCAAAAUAGGAUUUCUUCCUCAAUCGCUGCAUUUUGUAAUUUUGCCAAUUAUUUUCUAUGUCAAUAACAGCAAUGGCGUAGGCCAAGUCAUUCCAUAGACACCAGCAGUGUCAUAACCGUGCCAUGCUUACUCAGUCUCUCUGCGCCACAGUGUAUGGAAAACCACACUGUACAGAAAAUAUUUUGAAUAUAGUAAUCUUCAAAAAUUA